AUGCUUCAGCUUGGUGACCGGGACAUGCCGGUGAUUCCUGGCACGAAGUUGGUCGGCGAGGAACUUCAUGAGUUGAGGCUCAUGCUCGCAGACCUUCUCAAACGAAGAAAUACACAGUUCCCGGGUUCCCAGCCCGUGUCGUUUGAAAGACAUCACCUCGAGGUAUUGAAGAAUAGAGAUUACUUUGUCUGUGAAAAAUCUGACGGAUUGCGUUGUUUACUCUUCCUAGUGCAUGACAAUGCCAGAGGCGAAGGAGUGUUUCUAGUGACACGAGAAAAUGAGUUUUACCACAUUCCGGGGAUUCAUUUUCCCUCUGAAGUGAAGGAAGAGAACGGAGAGACUUUCCACCAUGGCACUCUUCUAGACGGCGAGCUUGUAUUGGAAACAAAAAAUGUCCUGGAGCCAUUUCUUCGAUACUGCAUUUUUGAUGCUCUAGUUGUCAACGAAAAAGACGUCACCAACAGACCUCUACCUAAGCGUUUGGGCUAUAUCACAGAACAUGUUAUGAAGCCUUUUGAUAGCUUCAAGGCUCGUCAUCCGGAGAUUGUAAACGCUGCGGAUUUCCCAUUCAAGGUCAGCUUCAAGAUGAUGCAGCUGUCGUACAGAGCAAACCGGGUGUUGUCGAUGCAAGACCAGCUAUUUCACGAGUCGGAUGGCCUUAUCUUUACCUGUGCCGAGACCCCAUACAUCUUCGGCACCGACGCUACGCUAUUAAAGUGGAAGCCUGCUCAUGAAAACUCGAUAGACUUCAAGAUGAACAUGGUUUUCAAACAGUACCAAGACCCGGAUAUGGACCCGCGUGAUCCGGACUCCACAUACACGGACUAUGACAGCAAACCCGAGGAGCUCAAAUUGAGUGUGUGGAAAGGCGCCAAAGAGUACGAAGAGUUUGCUCAGCUUGACCUACUUGAUGAGGACUGGGAACAGCUAAAAGAGCUCAACGAGCCCUUGCAAGGACGGAUUGUGGAGUGCCGAAAGAAGAUCCUGAAACCGCCAUUUUGGGAGAUGCUUCGGUUCCGUAACGACAAGUCCAACGGAAACCAUUUCUCCGUUGUCGAAAAAAUCCUCCAUAGUAUAGCUGACGGUGUUUCCGAGCAGGAACUCAAAGACGCUUGCCCGGGAAUUGAGAAGUCCUGGAAGAGGCGAGAAUACGAGCGGGCUCAAAAGGCCAAGCAGGCUCACCAUCAUGCACCACCUCCAUCACAACAUCACCAGCACCCACCACACAGGGCAUCGCCAGGGUCGCUGCCCAAGCAGGAAAAGAGACGACCUUCGGAAGCCGAGGAGCUGGUGGCGAAAAAAGCAAAACCCAGUGAUCAAGAAGCCAGGAUGCUUCAGGACAUGAUGCCUGACUACGAGGAGGAGAGUGAUCUGGAGUAA